AUGGGCGUCUCGCGCACGAGCAAGAUGCUCGCCUUCAUCAACCACCGCGUGCGCGUCACCCUCGUCGACGGACGCGCGCUCGUCGGCACGUUCACCGCGUUCGAUCGGCACGUCAACGUCGUGCUGAGCGAUUGCGAGGAGCAUCGGAAGCUGCCGCCGAAGAAGGGCGUCGACGAGGACGAGCGACACGUGCGACGGGUGCUGGGAUUCGUGCUGGUCCGGGGCGAGGAAGUGGUGUCGCUGACGGUGGAGGGACCGCCGGUGGGGAGCGGGAAAAAGGCGAGAAUCGCGAGCGCGGGGACGGGGACGGCGAGCGGGGCGGGACGAGGGAUGCCGCCGGCGACCGCGAUGGGGGCGCCGCGAGUGGGAGGACCGCCGGUGGGGAUGAUGAUGCCGGGAGGAGGACCGCCGCCGGGAAUGCGACCGCCGGGACGAUGA